CCACUUCCCAGUAAUUUGAUCUGCGUAGGAUCAUUACACCCCUGCAGUUUUCAGUGCGUGGACUUGAUUUUAUUUUCACUGCUACCAGAAAUUAAUUCUCCUGACUUAAGUUGGGUCCUGAACAGCUUCUCUCUGAUUUCUGGUGCAUGCAGCAGUCUGUGUGUGGACGGACACAGACGAGAGGAAGCACUCUAAAAUGUGGCACAGCCGAAAAGUGCUUCUUGCUGCAGUUGUUUUCACAGCCCUCUACUACAGCGUGGCAGCAGAGGACAUGAAACAACUGGACAUGGCCCCGGAUGCUGUGGACUACCUGUAUGAUAAAUGCAGUAAGGAUGCCAUGGAGAAGUUAAUCCAUUCAGGCCUGUUAAGACAAGAGCUGAACCUCACUGCAGGUUUCCAGACCGCAUGGAGCGAGAGCACCAAGUGUUCCAAGCUGAUCCCAGGAGGAAUCAAAGAACAUACUAUUGCACUGGGGGCAUAUGUCAACAGUGAUAUGGACUUUAAAGGAACCUUUAACAACCAAGUGGAGACCAUGGGCGGGAACGUUAGCACCUACGAGAACAACUUCAAUUUCAAGUCGCUCCACUUCCUGCUCAUGGAUUACAUGGUGCGGCAGAAGCCACAGACUUGCAAGAGUGUGUUUGUUAUACAAGACAAAGAAGUCACGGCAAAAGUUGGUUCAAAAGUGAGACUGGGGAGGUUCACCACGGCCGAGUUGAGCUUUACUGGGCUAAAGAAAAUGGUUGAUUUGGAGGAUCAAGUGAUUUUGAACAUCACAUCUUGCUUCUUUGUCAAAUUGGGGGAAAACAUUUGCAGUAAGCAAACAGACACUGUCUUGUUGAGUCCAGCUGAAGAGUUCACAGUGGAGAGCGUAACUGACAAAAUGUAUGACGAUGAGACGUACACUGACAUCGCCCUGAAGGCCACAGGUCAUCAGGGUUCGCACAACUGCGAUAUCUUCUCACGGUCUCCAGCUGUCGUCUCCACCCAUGUGUGGCUUGUGUUGGUGCUUUUGUGUUUCUCUCUUGUUGAGUAAAAUAAAUCUCAGAGCAGUCAUUAAACUGCAAAAUACUGCUUCGGAUUUACAGUUGAACAAUGAACAACUGUUUUGCUGUAAUGCAAUGACGGUGUUGCAAGCUGCCAAAAUAUUGUCUUGUUGCUUUUUCAAUCACAUAUAAUCCACAUUUUAUUCAUUGAUUGUGUAAUUAAAGAUGUACAAUAUGUCCUCACGUUGUCCAAAGCCCAAAUAAUCCAGAUACCUCUUACACUGGUGUGGAGCCAGACACAGAAGUGAUUGACGAGUGGACCUGUAGUAUCGAGGUCCCGCUAAUACACACAAUUGAGCGAUCGCAAAUCAGUCUCAGCCGUCUAUCAUGACGUUUAACCCCAUUUUUAUAUUUUAUAGCAUGAACUAACUAAUCACAACCAGGCUGGAAAAAUUACCACUUGAACAAACAUCAGUGUGAUAAGAAAUGACAGAAAACAACCUUGAGAAAAAUGUAUUCCACUUCUACUUAUACUGAGUUUAUUAUAGCCACCAGGUGGCGAUCCAGAUGUUUUGGCCUCCCUUUCGAGGUGAAGCGGUCCUGUCAUCCAUCUUUAUAUACAGCUUAUGGUUUUGAACUUAAACCCUGCAUUGUUUAUUCAAAUCAAACAAUGCUUACUUUAGUAAUUCAAAGAUAGUCGAGUUCCUUUUUAUCGAUGUGUUUGUAUUUUAUGCUUUUAUCAGUGAACGCACGUUAAAAAGACGAUCUCUCACCUCACCAGGAUGCUCCAACAGAAGCAGCCUCAGUUGAUACCAGCAGCUUUUAGACGUUUGAGUGGAAAUAAACUGGUUGAACUCCA